UGAGUGGUAGAGAGAGGAGUGAAAUCCGAGUCCCUGCCACAACGUUCGCUGAACCGAACACACCCUAAAAAGACCAACAGACAACCUUGACUCUGCUUUGCUCCCCUGGUGUUUCCCUGUCGAGGAGAGCCUUGGGAACUGCAGCUUCUGAGCCUUGCCAUGUCCCUUCACAUAUAAAGUGCGUAGCCCCCAAAAAUGACUGUGGUAAGUGGUAUGUACAUGCUUGUGUCAAAUUCCUAAGAUUAUGGGCAUGACAAUAUCCUUUAUCUUGUUUUAUAAGUACGUAAAGCUUUCUUGAAUGCCACCUUAUUCAAGAAACCUGCGUUGCUUGAAUUCAAAAUCAUCCACGGCGAAAGAUAUACUCGUUGUCAAAGGAUCUGGCAAUCCUCUCAAGAUUUCGACAAUACGCCACAAGCUAAAGCAUCAUUAUAAUGAUGAAGUCUCAAAUCUCAGUUGCUUUUACAGUUCUACUGGGUACGGGUGUCUUGGGAUUGAAGGUCAGUGAGGGCUCGCCUUGUGCCCAUAUAUGCCUUGAGGGAACAGAUGUUUCCGAUCCUGUCUCUUCAAGUACUUUGGGAGAUGAGAUAGUAUGUCAAGACAAGUCCUUCAAUGAAACCUCCACGGGCCAGAAGUUCAAAUCGUGCUUGAACUGCUUGCAGAAUAGCACAGUGUCUGAGAAUGGAGGAAACGAUGUCAAAUGGUUCAUGUGUAAGGACUCCAAAAUCACAUGAAGCAAUGCCUACUGACUUUUCAAAUUCUAGACAACAUGCGCUUCGCAUUGGGCACAUGUUUAUUUGGGUUUCGAAAUAAUUCUGACGCUGUUUCUUCACCAUGCUCAACAUCAACAUCAUGUGUGCCGCUUCAGGGAGCCAUCGAACAUUCCAAUCUGGAUCCGGAUGAAAACCCAUACACAUUUUGUAACGCAGACAGCAAUUCCAUGAUGGGAACUACACUACAAAAAUGCGAACAAUGCCUCCAGAGUGGCAAGACGGAAGUAUAUCUCUCCAAUUGUAAGUUACAAUGUCCGUCCUAUUUGAGUAGAGGAAUUCUAAAGAAUUUUGCAACAGUCCUGAGGGCACUUAAAGGAGGAUGCACACAACGUCCCAAUCCCGGUAUGACGCUCGGUCUAGAUAGUACAGUCUUUACAACGAAAGCAGUCAAUGCAACCUUUACUGGCGAUAACCCAUUCCUCAAAGAGGAGAAACCUGCUUCCAAGAAGGGGCUGUCAACUGGCGCAAUCGUUGGAAUUGCAGUUGGGCUUGGGGCUCUGCUAGUUGCCGUCAUUCUCAUUUCUUAUUUAUAUUGUCGCAAUCGUCGCUCACCGAAAACAUUAAGAGGUCUCAACUCGGGGUUUGAUUCAAGAUUCGGCGCGUCAAACAUCACCUCCCCAAAUUCAGGAGCCUAUGGCAAUCCAUAUUCUACCAGCCCGCCACUCAACGUUGCUCCCAUGCAUAUUCCCUCACGCUCAAGAGAUCUAAAUGAGAUAAAAGACGAACAACACUGGCGAAAGAAAACCGAGCAUGCACAGCAAAUUCAACUACCACUCUACUCGCCCCCGUCUCAAAUUCCGACCCAUCAAGCUUAUAUUCCUCCAUCACCCACCGGAACUCAUUCAACACACUUUUCAAUCUCUCCACAUUCUUCUGCUAAGUCGAGUCCCGAAUACCCUUCACACCUCAUGACUCCAACCAAUCCGAGGUCUGUUCUUAGAACACCUCUUUCUUCACCACACUCCCGUAUAUCACCUCGUCAACCUCCUCCACUCUCAACUCUGAAUACCUCCAGAGGAAAUGAUAUUGCAAGUCCUAGUGUUGGACAAGACAGAAGAAAUGAUUUUGAGCUUGCCGAGAGGGAAAGGAGAGAGAGGGAAGCUCGUGGUGAAGUCAUUGCACCGAUUGAGAAGAGAGGAAAACGCGGUAAGAAGAAGAAAGACCGGAGCCCGGACAGUGCCGGAAGUGAUAUGAAUAACAAAUUAUGGUAAUGUGUUGCAUGAGAAGAAGAAGAGAGAAUAUACCCAGGAGUGUUUGGUUAUUAUUAUUUUUCCUUUUCGCAUACGAGGGCUUGGUUGACAAUUUGAAUGAGACAAGGCGGCUUUAAUUUUGGUUUGGGCGUCAGGUUAUGGUCUGGUUUACACUUACAAGGUGGCGGCGUAUGGAUAGUUUUCUGGAUAUCGAGUGUUAGAGGAUUAUAUCGGGGUACAUGGAUAUAUUAGCUUUGCU